AUGGCUUCUCUCAGGGCCAGGAAUAGACAGUCUAUAUCCGAAGCGAUCUCAAUAUCCCUUGGAUUGCAGUCUCAGGCGGAAUCAGAAAUGGAUUCGCCAAUCGGCAGGUCUAAGACAUCGUCCGUGAACCCAGAGCUAGCCUCGAAUUAUCUGGGUCGGUCCUACGUCGGCAGCUUCACGUCUCCGCCAUUAAUGGUCAAGGACCGGUCGCCAUCCAGUGAUCUUGCAUCGUUCAAGCAGGAGCGGUCGCAGUCGAUCCACAAGACCGUUACGCUGCACCGGCAGACAGCGGCGAUCUCCAACGAGUUUGACGACUCGUUCGACAACCUUGACGGCCCAUUCGGGAACGACGAGGGCCCAACGCUCGACGAGAACGUGAUGGGCACACUCGACGCAGACCAGCACGACGGUGGUCUCUCCGUGCCCCCCGUCUCUUCGCUCUCCCUUCGCGACAAUGAGUCCCUGCACUUGCUCUCUCCGUCGCACUCGCGCGAUCUAGAGUAUGGGGCCCUUCUUCCGGACUCGACUCAGUAUGUGUCUUUGCAGGCCGAGUCCUCUCCGCACUCCCACGCUGGAAUCGUCGCCGGCCGCACCGCUGACGGUCCAUUGCCUUUCCGCGUCGUGCACUUCAUGUCACGCUGCGUGAACUACAUGCCGGCCGUGAUCCUAGGCCUGUUAUUGAACAUUCUAGAUGCUCUAUCCUACGGUAUGAUUAUUUUCCCUGUCACAGAACCGGUGUUCUCUCAUCUGGGUCCCACAGGCAUGUCCCUGUUCUACGUCUCUAGUAUUGUAUCGCAGGUCGUCUUCUCUGGUGGGUUCUCUGUGUUUGGCAACGGUAUUGGUAGUGAAAUGAUCGAGAUCACCCCUUUCUACCAUGCAAUGGCAGGAUCCAUCAUGGCGGCUUUGCCAGGAAAAGACGAUGAGGUGAUCACGACUACCUUGGUUUGCUAUGCUUUGAGUUCAAUUCUUACGGGUCUCACUUUCUUCCUACUCGGAAAGCUUCGUCUAGGUAAGAUUGUAGGUUUUUUCCCUCGUCAUAUUUUGAUCGGAUGUAUUGGUGGUGUGGGAUACUUCUUAGUGAUAACCGGUAUGGAGGUAAGUACGCGUGCUGCGAAGUUUGAAUACACUUGGGAUUUCCUCUCUCACUUAAUUACCGAUCCUUCGAUCCUAUGCAAGUGGUUGCUCCCUGUGGCUCUUGCUGCUAUUCUGGUUUUAAUUCAGCACAUGUUCAAGAAUUCCUUGGUUUUGCCAACAUUUUACAUUGCCACAUUGUUGCUCUUCCACGUCGUUGUCGCAGUUUUGCCCAACCUUUCUCUCGACCACUUGCGUGACUCUGGCUGGAUCUUCCCACUGGCUGGCUCAUCUGAAAACUGGUACGACUUCUAUCGUUUGUACAAAUUUCAAAAUGUUCAUUGGCUUCUUGUCUUGAAACAAAUACCCACCAUGCUUGCUUUGACGUUUUUUGGUAUUUUACAUGUGCCAAUCAAUGUUCCGGCACUUGCUAUGUCUAUGGGACUGGAUAAGUUUGACGUGGAUAAGGAACUUAUUGCACAUGGCUAUUCUAAUUUCUUUUCAGGCCUCAUUGGAUCAGUUCAAAAUUACUUGGUCUACACCAAUAGUGUUUUGUUCAUCAGAGCGGGCGCUGAUGACAACCUUGCAGGAUACUUGUUGGCUGCUUUCACUUUUGUGGUUAUGGCAAUUGGUCCAGUGAUCAUUUCUUUCAUUCCAAUUUGUAUCGUAGGUUCGUUAAUUUUCCUACUUGGAUAUGAAUUGAUCAAGGAAGCUUUGUUUGAUACAUGGGGUAAGUUAAACAGAUUCGAAUACAUUACUAUUCUCAUCAUUGUAGUGACUAUGGGCGUUUUCGACUUUGUUCUUGGUAUUAUUGUGGGAAUUCUCAUCGCAUGCUUUUCGUUUCUUGUCGACAGCACCAAAUUACAAACUGUAAACGGUGAAUAUGAUGGCCAGGUUGCACGUAGUACAGUUUGCAGAGACUAUAUCCAGACCAAAUUUCUAAACAAAAUUGGUGAACAAAUUCAUGUAUUGAAGUUGCAAAACAUCCUUUUCUUUGGUACUAUCAUCUCUAUUGAAGAGAAAAUUGAUAAACUAUUGGAGAUUAGCGACAAUGACUCCACGAAACAAAGAAUCAAAUAUUUAAUUUUGGAUUUCAAAAAUAUCAAUGCUGACAACAUUGAUUAUUCGGCUGCUGAGGGAUUUAAUAGAAUUAAGAGAUUCACUAUGUCAAAGAGGAUCACUUUAAUCAUUUCGUCAAUUACAGAGUGGGAUAGAAUUUACAGUGCUUUUAACAAAGUCGGUCUACUGGAGAAUGUUGAACUGUUUGCAGAUCUGAACAGUGCUUUAGAAUGGUGUGAAAACGAACUCUUGAUGCAAUACAAGCAAUUACGCAAAAAGGCAAACGUUAAAACCGAGCAAAAACGUGAAAGAGAUGUCAGUAAAAAUAUGAUGUUACCUGUCAAUACUCCCAGAAACACACAGUUUGUAUCCGUUGCACAAAAAAUUUUCUCUGAUGAAGAGAAUGUGUCCAAUCUAAGGAAUCAUUAUAGAGUAGAACAACCUGUGCUUCCUUUGCUACUCAUUGCCUUGAAGAGAUUCAGACCUCAAGUCAUGUCUACCGAGAAGCAAAUCAAGGAAUCUGAAGAAAAACUGUGGUCUGGUUUGUGCAAGUACAUGACAAAGAAGCGACUAGCCGCACAAUCAUUGGUACCUCAUCAUAAUAAUAUUUUCUUCUUAGUCGAAAGUGGUAUGCUAAAAGUUACUUAUAAUCUUCACCAAGGUCAACUUUAUGAGAUUAUGUCGAGUAAAACUUGUUUUGGGAUGAUCAAUGGAAAAGCAGCCGAACUCCCGGAGUCUACUGUUGAAAUUAGAACGGAGACCGACUGUGUCGUCUGGGUAAUGGAUGUUAAUAAUUUGGCAACAUUGCAGAAAGAAAACUUAGUUUCCUAUACAGAAUUGCUAUUGGUGACAAUGAACAUGAACCAAAGUAGAUACCGGGAUUUAAUUGGUUAUUGUCUCGUGAGCAGCUAG